CUUCGCCCCGUGUACGGUUGUUUGGAUCGGAGACGCCUGCCGAUGCCUUAGAUGACGACUUUUUUUUCCUGUUUGUUUUUUUUUUUUUUUUUUAACAUUUCCUGUCUGGAGAGAAGAGUUUUUAGUUGGUUUACAGCACCAGUAAACUGAACAUGGAGCGCAGCUUUAAAUGCCAGCUCUGCUUCUACAAAUUUAGAAAGCUGUUUGAUUACAAGAAGCACAUAUUUUCCAGUGUACAUCACCAGAAACUGAAAGACCUUUUCCCAAAUGAUACGUUUCAGAAUGUUGCCAAAGGUGUACCCCAUAUCAUUUUUGCGGAUCCAGAAAAAAAGAAUUGCUUCAAACAUCCCGUUGUGGGCUUGUCUGCGCUGACUCUGUGUUUCAGUCCAGAGUCACGGACUUCUUUUUACUUGUGUCACAUCUGUGCCGAGAAGAGUUUACCUGGUGAUGUUUUAAGGCACUUCUUUUCUAUGGACCAUUACAGCAACUACAUUAAUUGCAUGGAUCCCAAUGCAAUGAGUUUCUCCUGGAUCCCCAGCAAGAAAAUGAAGCAGACUGAACUCAAAAGCAAAGUAAAAGAAGAAGCGCCUAUGGACUUGCAGAUGCUGCAUUUACCUGAUCAUCUUAUGGAAAAGCUUAAAAGCAGCACCUACUCAGAAGUGAUGCUCACUCUAGGUGAAAAUGAGAAGCUUCUCAAACUGAUUCAAGCUUUCAAGCCAGAGAGGAUGACGAUCCUGGCUUACCAAAAAGACAGCAACAGGAAGCAUCCGCUUCUUGGCAUGCAGCACCUCGUCGAGUGCAUUUGUGUCGGAGCAGAUAAGAAGAAGCAUUACCUCUGCACGCUCUGCGGCUUAACAGUGGGCGCCCACGUGAUCAUCAAACACGUCCUGAGCUUUGACCACAUCUUUUGGUAUUUUAAAGUGUGGCAUCCCUCUACAUUGUUGUCAAAAGAGUGCUACACAGACUACACGCCCUCCUUUGAAUCCAUGAUGCUUGACUUGGCAAAGCAGACGGAGAAAAUUCAUGGAAAAAAUGAUUUGAAACAAGUGAGCCUGGAGCCCGCUCAAUUCAAGUCUGUAAACUUUAAAAGCUACACAGAAGCUUUGACGACCCUGGAAUCGAUCAAGAAGUGCAGCUUGAAACCAGCCAUCAAACCAGGGAAGAAGCUGGAGUAUCAUGCUGUCAAAAAUCAGUCAGCACCUGCAAGCGAACCUUCAAAGCUGCUCACAUACCACCCAAGAUGUAAACUGCUGUGUCAGGACUGCCGUCUGACGUUGGAAAACAUAUCUCAAUAUCUCAAUCAUCUGUCAAAACCAAGACACAGGGAGAUGUUGUGGAAACUCUUUGAAGAAGGAUUUGAAGGUUAUGAGAAAAAAGCUCAGUUUUUCCUUCACUUACACUUCUAUGUCAAGGAGUGCUUCAAGAAAAAACAGCCAGUCAUUGGUACACCCUUGAUUGUGUCCUGCAUUACCACAGAAGCUGAGACAGAGCCUUUUUACAUAUGCUUUGCUUGUCAGGAGUGUGUCUGUCAGUCCUUGAUCGAGCCACACUUAAACUCCCGAAAACAUGUUGUGCAUACACUGCUGUUUGAGAAUCCCUGGCGGCUGCCUUUCGGCUGGGAGAAUCUGCAGGAUGAUCAAACACUAAAGUCAAGGGCGUGGGAGGAGGAGAUGGAGAGAAGACCAAAGGAGGUGGUUCUGAAGGUUCUUGAUAUGCCAUGGUCAGUAUUUUACAGGCUCACCCCUCCUACUUUUGAAAAAGUACUGGAGGGACUUGAACAACAGCGCAAUGUCUUGAAGAAUGAAGUUCCACCUUGUCAGACAUAUAGCAAACGUCAAGGAAAUGAAUCAUUUCCUCUACUUGGCAUCGAGUUCAUCGUGAUGUAUGAUUUAUAUGUCAAAGAACCCAAUUCCCCAGAAGCACAUUUUCUGUGUUUGCUCUGUGAGAGGAGGCUGUCAGAGCACGAAUGCCACGACCAUGUAUUCAGCCGUGAACACGUGGCAAAAUUCCUGGACGGUUUCCACCCAGGCUCACUGGAUUCCAACGCUGAUGCAGAGACAUUACUGGACUUGGCAAAACAGGCAGCAACAAUUCACAAUAAGUCUCACAUACAGGUAAUAUAUUUGCAGCGUCCCAUUAAGGAGCCAUACUCCUACUUUGUAGCAACAAAAAUCUUGGAAUGUGUAAAGUGGAAAACUGAGAACAAAAAGCUUAAACCCCAAAUAAAACUUCAUAGAAAACUGGUUCCGAGGAUAACUGUAAAAGACGAGCAACGUGUGAGAGGUGUCUGUCAGAAAAAUAGCAGCAUCAACACAGUCGGUGUAGAAGAAAUCAAAAAAGAGCGUGACACACCGACACCAAGUGAAAAUGACUCUGGGUUGAAAAGUAAGGCGGCUUCAGAAGUGAUGAACAAUCCAGGUGAGGUGUGUCGGGCGAUAAAGCAGGAGCCAGAAGAGGCUAAAAUAAAAGGAUCAGCUGGGGCGAAGCAAAGCUGCCACAAUGCUAACAAAGAUAAUGGUGCAGACGCUGGGAUAGAAGAUGGCAGAACUAGCAAAGAUGUCCCAGCACAGCUGAAGAAUUACAAAGAAAUGGAAAGAAAAAGACAGCACAGUGUGUCUGAAACAUCGCAAGAGGACUCGUGUCCUACUGAGUGUGUGGGGAGAGAAAUGGGCCCUAAAAGACAGCGUCUGACCUCCAGAGAAGACUCGUGUGACGAAGCCCCAAAAAUGUCUGAUGUUAGCAUAAAGAAGGAGAACGAUGAAGAUGAAGCCUGCAAUGCGGCAAUUGACAAAGGUUUUAGCGCUCUGCUUAAAUGCUGCUGUCCUCAGCAUGAGCCAGUCUACCCCUGCGAGUCCUGCUCUUUGAAGAUCUCAGAGAAGGACAUCUUCAGCCAUCUGACUGAUUUUGACCAUCACAAGCUGCAUGUGGUGACUGUUGAUGUAAAUGAAGAAGUUUACAGUAAGGUCUCAAAACAAAGCUUUCAGUCGGCCAUAGAGACAGUGAAGGCAUUUCAGACUCAGCAGGACAUUGGGUCUACAUUCCCUUCAUCCUCAGCUCCUACCUGCAUAAAACCUGUGGACACUUCAGUCGACCAACAUGAUGACAAUACAAAGGCCAGCGUGAAAGUGGUGAACAUGGUGACUGAUGACGACCAGGAGGAGUCUGCGUUAUUUAAAGGCACCGGAAUAACUCAAGUCCUCCCUCAAUCAACUGAAGAGGACACAAAGAGUAACAAAGCCCCCAAGCCAGCUAACAAAUCUGUCACUUGUCCAAUUACUCCCAGAAGUGGAGAAAACGUAAGUCUGUGUGUGUCAAAUGCAAGUGGCACAAAAGCCGCCUCCAAAGCCAGUAUUACUCCAAACACAAGUGUGAAACCAAUUAAAAUUGGACCCAAGCCUGACAUGGAAGAAGUGAGACCAGUUACAUCCAUGUGCACUGCAGCCGCUGCUAAAAAUACUGCAACUUCUUCCCAACGGAUAGGAACUGCCUGCACCUCUAAGGUAUCUGCCUCAAGUGCAAAGUCAACUGCAGAAUCUCCAGCAGUGUGCAGAACCGGAGCUCCAUCGAGAGUGACGGCUACUUCUUCAAACAGAACACCUCCUCAGACUGAAUCCACAGUGGUGCGAGAGGCUACUUGCAAAACUGCACCUUCCUCCAGAAGUGAAAAGUUUCCAUCUCAUCAGUUAAAAACAAAAGCCACCCCUCAAAUGGCACCUGUGGCUAAAAAGCCCAGAACCUCAGUUAGACCUGAGAGUGUGGAGACUUCUGCAAAGGCCGUACAUGUGAAGAAUUCAGUGGGGCCAAAUGCACCACAUUGUCAUAAAAGUAACAAACCUGGCGCUCCUCAUCAGGCCACGGGCACGUCUGUCAGGUCUGAACACAAGAAACCACCCACAGAGCCACCCCAAACCUCCAUGAGUAAUAAGACAAAACCAAGUGAAGGCCUUCCUAAAGUAGGCUUAAAUGAGCUGAUUGUGGUAUUGUGCGAGGAGAAGCAGCAAGUCUACUGUAAGCUGUGUUCAGUGAAGCUAACCAGUUCCAGUGACUAUCACCUGAUCAGCUUAGACCACUGGAAAAAAUAUGUGAAAACGAAGUAUCCUGAUUGGACCACAAAGCCAUCAGAGAUGGAGAGAAAACUGAAUGAGAUAGCGAUUCCCUUGACUGAGGCUGAGAGGAGUCUCGGACCUCGCAGACCACAGAUUCUGAAAGUGAAGAAGGACGUGUAUGAAAAGCUGGCUCAUCUUCCAGAAGAUAAAGCUGUCAAAUAUGUGAAGUCAAUGAGUCAGAGAAGCUUGCGGCUCUCAUCAACCUCCCCAGCUGAUUCUGCCUCUGCCAGUCCAUGCGACGUUUCAAGCUCAGAUGAUGGGCUAAAUAAAAUGUCAGAACUUUCUACUUACGAAUGUCCAGCGGUGGAGAACAAAAACCGGCACCAGGCACUGUUGAUCCAGAAGGAAGAAAUGAGCUCUAACUCAAAAGUGGAGGCGGACCUGGCUGCAUGGAAGCCAAUCGGACAGAGCACGGAAGGUGAAGACAUAAAAUCUGAUGACAUGAUUCUGGACGAGCUUGAAGACGAGGAAACUGCAGAAAUUGAGGAUUUAGAGGAAGAUGUAGAGGUUCAGACUUGCACUGAAGUUAUGUCUGAAAUGCAGUGUCCUGAGCUUUGUGGCACUGACUCGGACAUCUUUGCUGAAUCCCCUGGUGGAGGCACUAGAGACCACAAACCAAAGCAAUCGAAGAGUGAAGAAUUUCAGGACAACUGGACAUUGCCAGCAUCCGCACAAAAACCUUUGCCUGUCAAAUUCAGCUGCUCAGAGCCACUCCCUGUAGCUGCUUCAGCUCAUACAGAAGGGCAGAACCAGCUGAGACCAAGGCAGAAGAUGGACCAUGUGUCUAGAGGCAAUCCAGUAUCAGAAGAGCACAGUGCAUCACAGGCAUUCUUACCAACUCCAACAGAGGGAAGAAAUCGGUGCUCUAGUUCUGACAGCCAUUUGUCCAUGUUCUUGAAAACAAAGGGACUGGAUGCUGAACCAAUUGUUGGUCAGGGUUAUGUGUUGGAGUGCCGCGGGAUUUCUUUGGAAACCCUUUUCUUAUGCACGUGCUGUGAGAAGGCGCUCUCUCACCGCGACAUCUGUCAGCACAUGGUCAGCUCUGAGCACCAGCUCGAAUACAUGCGGAAAGAACACCCUCAGUUUCUCCACAAGUUCUGGUAUGAAGACCUGCCUUUAGACAAGAAACUGGAACUCUUAAAGAAAGUUUCCUGGAAGAUCUCAGAGUGGGAGCCAGAUGAAAGUUCAAAGGUUAUAAUGCUGAGAAAGGAGUUGCAUGAACGUGUUCAGACAGCUUCAUUCAGUGAAGCUAUAAAAAUGUUGCAAAAUACGCAUACGGACAAAUCAAGUAAGCAGGGCAUGCCGCAGGACAUCGAUGAAUGCAGGGUCUUGGUUCCACAGCACAACAGUCAGCAGUCUGAUGAGCGGCCAGUUCCAAAAGAGUCUCUUUCCACAGAAAUUCAAUCAGCUCAUAGACCUGAGCGAUACCAGAGAAGUGACAAUGCUCAACUCACACAGGAGCCUCAGUUAGAGACAACUCAAACGGUUGGUGACUUGGAUGGGUUCAAAGAAAGACGACUCUUGAGUCCUCUCAAUGUGAGCGGCUCCAGCUCGAAGGAUGAUCCUGUUGCCUCACUGUUGCCCCAUCCUGGCUCAUGUCUCAGCCCUGAAGAGACCUGCUAUAAGCCUCCCGUGCAACCAAAGCUCAUGCCACCAGUCUCUGACUAUCAGCAGCCUGCCCUCUGCUUGCAUGUGAAACAGGAAGAGGCACACUCGGAACCAGCAUGCUCUUCAGCUGCUAAUCCUACUGUCAGCCAAACGCUGUCAGUGCCUCCCAGAGAUCAGUGUCUCCCAGCUGAUACUCUGCUAGGCAGAAAUGAUGUAGACUGGAGAUUGGUUGCACACCUGAUUGCUGCGCUGAGAGAUGGUAGAAUGAAAACUCCUGAUACUGUUGAGACUUUGGACUCCUGUGCUGCCGGUUCAUCUGAAAGUGUGGAAAAUGGGUUGAAUUUGCAUACAGUGACAAAAACUCCAACUUCCUCUGGCUCAUUGAAAAGCGAGCCUCUGACAGGAAACCCUGUUAAUGCAGGCAGUGAGAACCAACGCGUCAGUCUGAGUGGAAGCUCAGAAGACACUUCAUCUUCCCUGGACCAUUUGAUGACUGGAAAUCCUUUUAAAGUUGAAGCUGCAUCUGAUGCAAGGGCUACUACCGCCACGGUUGAGCCCAAAGACCCACAGUAUCCACCAACUAUUGCUGAUCAAAGCGUCUUUGAAAAUUUCAGCCCUGUUUGGUAUACAGGCACCAGCCAUAACCCAGGACAGAUCCCACAGCCACAUGCUGACUCAGAGGCUGACAGCUCUGGAGUUCACCAGUUGCCCAUCAGUACCAUUGUAACCGAGAGGCCGACGCAAAGGUUUAUGGGAUGCUAUACAGAACAGCCCCACACCGAUGUGAACAGCAGCCAUCAGGGCAGUUUCCCUACAAUUUCUGGAGACAACCCCACUGACUUUUUGGUGCCUUCAACCGGAUACGAUUCACACAGCCAAAUGCCUUAUGUCGCAAGUUCACAUCCAGGGUACGCACCGCCUCAGGCCGUAUUAGGUUACACAACAGGAGAAAACCCUCAAGUUUAUACUGGAGCUUUAAACCCAAGUGAAGGAUACACUGCAGCGACAAUUUACCCGGGAAAUUUUUAUCCACAGCUGGCCAUCAGCCAUUCAAGUUUGCAGUUAUUUGGGCAAUCUGCGGUGACUCCAGGAUGGGUGAGUGUGGAUAUGUUGCACUACUACCCAUCAGUGAUGAGGAGAUAAGUGACUGGUUUUUGUAUAAAAAAAACCCGUUUGCUGUUGUGCGUUUUGACAUUUGAUUUUUCUCACUUUUUUGGGGGGGGGGGGAUAAAAAAAUAAAUAAAUUCAUGCCAUAUUAAGUGAGUUUUAUUCUUUCAAAGUAAUGUUUAAAUGGAUAGUUUAACAUGCAUAUUAACCCUUUCUUUUUUUCCCCUUUAAAAACAAAAAGGAAAAAAAAAAAAAAAAAGAAUUCAUUAUCUUAUAGUUGGGCACUAGCUAUCAUUAGCAUUUGGAAAACCUGAGGUGCAAAUUGACACUUUCACUGCCUUUUUCUCAGUAUUUCUGUGUUUUCACUUGCACUCCUGUACAGCACAUGUUCUGAUCACAUUUAAGAAGCUAGAUUUAGCCUGUUAAAACUCUUUGUUUUGUGUGUUUUGUUUUUUGCCCUGUGGUUCAUUUUGAGUAAAGCGCACAGAUUUUCUGUGCAAGUAGCAAAAAGUUAUGUUUAAAACUGUUUGUAUUCAGUAUGAAGAGUGUGACAAAAUCUUGGGAAGUCUCAUUUAUUGGUAGCUUGUUUUUAAUCUGCUAAUAGCAGUUUUUAUAUCUAUUUGUGGGUUUUUAUGUUUUG